AUGGUGAUGAGCUGCAUCAACAUGCCAUGCGCAGACAGCAAGAACAUACUGGUAGUGGAUUCAAUGUUUGCCAUGAGCCAUUACCAGACUCUGAGCCUCAUAGGUGGAGAACUGGCCGGUAAAGGUCACAACGUAACAGUCCUCAUCGGUGAGUGUAUGCUGACACACGUCGACACGACGAAGCAUCGAGACAUUCUCCAUUUUGAAUUAUACGACUGCGGAAUAACGGCGGAGGAGCAAACCGCCAUAAAAACUAUUUUCGGAAAGUUGAGUCUCACCGGUGAGCUCUCGUCCUUCACAUGGUACGCGAAGAUGUGGCUCGGUCUCCUGCCUUACGAUCCUGAAAUCUCGGCUUUCAGGAAGUAUAUUUUUGACAACAAGGCCUCUGACAAGAGGUACGCAGAGUUAAAAGAUAUCAAAGAACGCCUGAUUGCGCUGAACUUUGACCUAGUGGUAUGUGACACUUUCACCCCGUGGUGUGCCGUUUACGCUCACGAUAUGUUGAGUCUUCCUUACGUAAACGUGGUCAGCUCGACCUUCCUGGGCACCCGGUACACCCGCUGGGCGAACAGCCCCUCGCCCCUGGGUUACGUUCCGGAGUUCAUGACGCACUACACGGACUCCAUGCCGUUCCUUCAACGGGUGAAGAACUUCCUCAUGCACUGCCUCUCACUGCUCAUAUACGAUUACAUUAGUCUGAAGAAUUUAGACGUGAUCAGAGAUACGUGGGGGAAUCGGUCGAGCUUGUCCAACCGCGAGAUCAUGGCAGGUGCCUCUCUUUACGUUGUAAAUCAGGACUUUCUGUUUGAGUACCCUCGACCCCUGCAGCCGAACAUCGUGCUCUGCGGAGGGGUGUCGACAAGAGAAGCUCAACCUCUUUCCCAGGAACUUGAAGCAUUCAUGCAGGGAUCUGGCGAUGAGGGCGUGCUUGUGUUUUCUUUCAGUACCCUCGUCAACCACAUGGACGACAAAAUGGCCGACAUGAUCGCUGGUGCCCUGGCGAGACUACCCUUUCGAGUCGCUUGGAAGUACAUGGUCGAACGGCAACCAGCUACACUUGGUAACAACACGCUCUUGUCUGAAUGGAUCCCGCAGAAUGACCUAUUGGGACACAACAAGACCAAAAUGUUCGUCUACCACGGUGGGGCGAACGGGGCCUACGAGGCAAUCUACCACGGGGUACCAGUGGUUGGCAUACCACUAUUUGCUGACCAGCUGGACAACAUGCUCCGUCUGCGCAGUCGCGGUAUGGCAGAGCAUUUCGGAGGCAUCCUGGAGGUUACGACCGAUACGCUGUACGAGAAAAUCAUGAAGGUGGCUACAAACCCAAGCUACAAGAAAAAUGCCGAACGGACCUCGGCAAUAUACAGGAGCCCGCCAUUGCGCCCUCUAGAGAGGGCAGCCUUCUGGAUCGAGCACGUGAUGACGCAUGGGCAUGAACACCUGCAGUCAAACCGUGGUAACAUGACAUGGGUUCAGUUGAAUCUGUUGGAUAUAGCUGGGACACUUAUUGCUGUCUGUUUGGUGCUAGCGUUGUCGUUGUGGUGGUGGUGCACUACGAUUUCGAAAGAACUGUCGUAA